AUGCGACCUUCACCAACUCAACUGACGGUUUCGUCAAGUCAAAAGCAAGAACGACAUGAAAUCCUAGCCAAGGAAAACGUUCUCGUUGGGCUGAUGUUUGGCUCGAAGGCUCUGGCUCAACUGAUUGCGAAUCCGUGGAUAGGUCCUCUCACGAAUAAGAUCGGGUACACUUUACCGAUGUUUGCGGGAUUCGUUAUAAUGUUCUUAUCUACAGUCCUAUUCGCAUUUGGAUCUUCUUAUGGUACACUGUGGUUCGCCAGAGUUAUGCAGGGAAUUGGUUCUGCAUGUACAAGUACAUCUGGUAUGGGAAUGCUUGCUCAGGCAUAUCCCGACGAUAUGGAAAGAGGCAGUGCCAUGGGCAUCGCACUAGGUGGUAUCGCUUUAGGGGUUUUGGUUGGACCACCUUAUGGCGGUCUGCUCUACAAAUGGGCAGGAAAAGCGCUUCCAUUCAUCAUACUUGCACUGUUAGCGCUAUUUGAUGGAACAUUACAAUUUUUCAUCCUUCAGCCAAAGGUUGAUCGAGGUGAGCCAGAAGGUUCGACCAUUAGACAGCUCAUAAAGGAUCCUUAUAUAAUUGUUGCUGCAGGUUUGUCAAUUUUCUACCAAUUGGUUGAUUGUCAACUAUUGAGAGGUUUUUUGUGGGCCAUAUACUGCGACGUAGAACUCUGCAAGAUACAUCAGUUUCCGUGGCUGAUCGAUGCUAGUUAUCCUUCUGAGCGUUUCCGGAGUGCGCUGGUAAUUGUGCCGACAGAUACCUGCCAUUAG